AUGAGUCCCCCAGUUGCCGUUGAGCCGUAUCCUUCGGGUACAACGUAUUCCAGCAAGGAGGUCACCGACACGCCUGUUCGAGCAACAUCCGUCCCGGUGAACUUCGACGCCAGCAAGCAUCUCGCCUAUAAUGCGCCAACCAAUAACCUGCAGAUGAGCGACAUCGGGCUAGAGCCCAGCGCCAUCUCUAGCACUGCUGCCACACAACCCUUCCAGCUGCUUUCCCGCGAGGCGGUACUCGCGAUGCGCCGCGAGAUCUUCUCUCCGGAAGUGCUCGACAAUUGCAUGCAUCACACCCGCCCGGGCAGUGUGCAGAUCCGCGGCCUCGCACCUCGCUAUGCGCCCUUCAUCCAUGCCUUCUGGAACUCGGCUGAAGUCCUGCGCAUCAUGUCUGAAAAUGCUGGCGUGGAUCUGGUACCCGCCAUGGACUAUGAGAUUAGCCACGUCAAUGUUCAGCUGGGCCCGGACGGCGUGGAUGGGGUUCGUAAAACGCCCGCCGAGCCACCAGCGGCGACUGGCGACGCCAUUACCGCUUUCGAAGCCAACAAGGGUCAGAAGCAAGCGGUCACUGACCAGGUCAAGCCGGUGAUUGAAUGGCACAAAGACUCGCAUCCGUUUGUGUGUGUAGUCAUGCUUUCAGAUGCGCAGCACAUGGUUGGCGGAGAAACAGAAUUGAUGGGCGGAGAUGGGAUGACCUUGAAGGUGAAAGCCCCCCAGAUGGGGUGCGCGGCCAUUCUACAAGGGCGGUAUAUCACACAUACCGCGGCUCCCGCCGCCAACAUGCCGGAGAGAAUCACGGUCGUGACAAGCUUCCGACCAAAGGACCCUCGCAUGCUCGACGAGACGACAAAUGCAAAUGUCAGGAACAAGAGUCACCUCACGGAGCUGUACUAUCAAUGGACUACCUACCGGCUGGAAGUCCUAGCUCAGAGAGCAUUGUUGGCCAAGAAAGAAUUGGAGGAGAGGUACGCACGCAACGUGCAGGAAAGUGAUCCCGAAGGCAAGGCCGGCUUGUGCAGAAAGGAAACGGUGAAUGUUGACGAGGUCAACAAAUGGGGAGAAGAGCAGAUCGAGUUUAUCCGGCAGACACUGUGGGAGAUGCGGCCGUUGGAGGAGAGAAACGGGCGCAUCUGGUAG